UGCAGAACCUGAUUUCACCAAGUGCAACAUGUUCCUGGAUCAACAUCUUUGUUGAGCCUGGAACAACAUUCCAAUCAACCAAUCAGAUUUGAAGGACAAGUUUACAGUAAGCCCGGAACACACCAAGCCGACGGUCGGCCGACUAAGUUUUCUCAGUGAAGUUGGUCCUUGUCGGCUUUUUUCGGCUGAUUCAACAUUUUGAAUCAGCGUCGGAGCUCGUCGGUCAGUCGGGCCAUCUGCUCAUUCUGAUUGGCUGUUCAGCUACUGCCACCUGCUGGUACGGAAAGGCAUUUCUUCUUAUGCAGGUGCAGAACAGACGUGCUACUUGGCCGUUGAGUGUCGUGCGUCGGUUUGGUGUGUCAGGGCAACUUUGGACCCAGACGCUGCCGACGUGAGCCAACCCCGCAGUCUGCUUUCGUCGCCACUAGUUCGUCGGCGUCAGCUUUGUGUGUUCCGGGCUGUAUAUGUCAAGUUUAGGCACACAACCAGGGUUAGGUGCUUCUAAAUUGGUGUUUUUCAUUUCCCUCUGAUUUUAGAGAUAACUUAUGGGUAGGGUUAGGUUUAGGGUAGGGAUAAGAUAGGGUCAGACAGGAAUUUUGGACCAGAAUUAACAAAGUAUGUUGACACAGGAACGUGUCUAACUCGGCAAAAUCAGGACGUGCGCAUAGAAAGUCAUCAGCCAUCAUUAUAAAUGUCUUUACUUUAUUCAAGGCUUCCUUGAUUAACAAAGUAUCAAUUUAUUAAAAUUUAAUAGCCAUUCCAAACUUUUAAAUAGCAUAUUUGUGAUUUGUAUUCUGCACACAACCUGCAAAACAUUUUGCCACAACAACCUAAGAAAGUCUUCUAAAACCAACAGUGCCUAACACAUAAAAGUCAAUAUAAAUAAAGUGGGAACUGUGUUACUGUCUCAGGGCAUUUGCUGUUGAAGAAUCAGUUACGUUUUAUAGGUGUAAAACGUUGCAGGUUGUUCCAGGCAAGCAUGCUGAUAUGGUAGUUAAGGCUUCACCUUGUUUGACUCAAAGAAUUCUGCUGCAAAUAUAUCUGGCAGUUCUCCCAGCGUGUUCCUGGAGAGGAGAUUCUGGCAGUCCAGAAUGAUGCAACAGAUCUUGAGAGACAUGUUUGUAGAUCCAGAGCUUCUGGCUGAACUUAAUGAGGAGCAGAGGCAGAUUCUUUUCUACAAAAUACGUCAGGAGCAGGUGCGACGAUGGACAGAGUGUGAGAGCCAAGAGGGAAGCUGGGAAAGUCCCCUGACCAAGGAGAGAGAUGAAAACAGGAAGAGUGUUCAGUGGCUGCAGGGCAAAGAUGGUGAGGUGUGGGUCUGGGUAAUGGGGGACGCCCCUGAAGACAAACCAUACGAGGUGAUUGUCAAAGAGCUGAUGGAGGAGAGAGCCAGGCGACAGGCUCAGCUAGAAGCCCAGGAGCUGUGGCGAAAGAAAGAAGAAGAAAUAAAGCAAAAGUUCAGAGAUGCCAUUGCAAAGGAAAAAGCACGUUUAGUUGCAGGGAAGUGGAAGGAAGAAGCAGAGGACAGAAAGGCAGCCAAACAGGAAGAGGAACGUAUACGGGAAAAACUAAAGAAACAAGAAGAAGAGGAGAGGCAGAGGGAAGAGGAGGAGAUACGACGCGCAGAGGAAAAAAGAGCGAAGGAGCUAUAUAUGUCCCUUGAGCAAGAACAAAAAAAAAGCGAACAACGUGACAAAGAGUGGGAGGAACAAUUACGUCGCUCCAAAGCAGCUGAUAAAGAGAUGACAAGGAAGGCUCGCUGGGCAAGAGAUGAAUAUAAGCGUCAGUCACUACGGGCCAUAGAGAAAGGCCACGUGGCUGGCCUGAGUGGCCACUUCCAGAAACAAUCUCACCGGAGACACAGUACUUUCAUUGAACCAUCUGCCAGUCCUGUCUCCAGCAAUGAAGUCAAACCCAGGCCCAGCCUCCAGCGUGCAGAACCUCCUUUGUACAGGCGCAGACAAAGUCGCAGGCAUAGUACAACAGCAGCACAACCACUAAUGGACAGCCCUGCAUGGUUGCGGACACCACGACCCAGUUCCAGGGAGUUGGUUAUUCUCUGGUUUACUGAAGAGCAAAAACCAAAACAGGCAGGACAUGAAAGGAACGGCAAUGCUAUCGCCCCUUGGUUCCACGGAAUCAUUUCUCGAGAGGACUCAGAGAGACUGCUUAUGAAUUCUGCUGGGGGCUCUUUCUUGGUACGGGUCAGUGAAAGGAUAUGGGGCUACACACUGUCCUAUCGCACAGCCAGCGGUUUUAAGCAUUUCCUUAUCGAUGCUUCCGGGGACUAUUACAGCUUUCUGGGUGUGGACCAAAACCGUCAUGCCACCCUUGCUGACCUCAUUGACUUCCACAAGGAGGAAGUCAUCACAACUACCGGGAAAGAGCUGCUGCUGGAGGCCUGCAUGCGGACUGGGCCCUCUGUGGACUUUGGAGGGCUUUUCCCAUGACUGCUCACAUGACUUCAAAGGCAAAUCUCUGCAGGGCAGCUAAUGUAGUAGGAUGUUCGCUGCAUUUCAAAGAACAUGGUCAAAAAUAAACAAGACUUCUGAUCCUCAUGUUCUGCCUCUGAUUUACAGCGCCUUAUGAUCAGGCCCCAGACUUUUUCUUUGCAUUUUCUGUGCUGAUUUGAGAUGUAGAAUUCUUGUUUUAAAGGUGCAAUGUGUACAUUUUAGGAGGAUCUAUUGACACAAAUUCAAUAUAAUAUACAUAACUAUGUUUUGAGUGGUGUAUAAAGGACCUUACAUAAUGAACCGUUAUGUUUUUAUUACCUUAGAAUGAGCCAUUUCUAUGUACAUACACUGCGGGUCCCCAUACAUGUUAAGUCGCCAUUUUGCGCCGGCAUGUUUCUACAGUAGCCCUAAAUGGACAAACUGCGCUAUAGAGCGCGUUUGCUUGCCUGACUACUCUCUGCUGUCUCAGACGAAGACAUUUUGGUCCUGUGUUGGCCACUGUAGCUUCUCUAAAUUGCAAUUCGCAAUCUCACCACUAGAUGCCACUAAAAUGUACACACGGUACCUUUAUAUAUGGUAAAAUGUUACAUGGAUCAGUGGUCUUUGUAGGCUAGUUUUUUGUGGUUAUUAAUGCAUGUAAGUCAAAUGCAUUCAUGUAUUGCAACUGAAAGUAUAAAUGUAUCUGAAAGAGAACUAUUAUCUUCUGUUCUUUAGAAUAGGAUGUGGUGGAAAAGAUAAGUUGAUAAGAACCAGUGUGAACACUGAAAGAAUGUUUCCAAAGAAAGCACUUGUGCUUGUACUAUGACUGCAGAAGGUCUGAUUUAAGAAGAACAGGAAAAGACCUGUUUCCUUUGUCCAUCCUUUAGUCGUACUGUAGCUUUGUCCAUGAGGGAGAUAGUCGUUCUGUAGCUUCCAGAGAAAGAAAUCAGAUCUUUUACACUUCUGACCCAGCAAAAUAUGUGCACAUCAACCUACAGAGGGAAAAUAAUCUUUUUUAUUUGUUCUCAAUAUGUUCCUACUUCAUCUGCACUGCCAGAAAAACCCAUAAUGGGACUUUUUAUCAGGACUGAUUGUCAAAGGUGUUAAAUGUAAUGUAUGAGUGUGACCGUGAAAUGGCAAAGUUACAGAGAACCCAGUUCUGCUUUAUCACAAAUUGAGAAAGACACGUCAGGUUUCUCCAGGACAAUUGUGCUUGUAAUUAGUGUGAUGAAAGUCAUUUUGAAUGGGAAAAUGCCCCUGCUACUAUAUAAGAAAGAUGCUUUAGUGGUUGUAUGGACUGAAAAAGUAACAAAAAAUUCUAGAUUUGUGGCUAAUGUACCACACUGCAGGCUUUCUCAAGUAGUGGACCUUUCUGACCUGACAGUCUGGAGCUUAGAUGUCAUAACCCACAGCAAAGUUUGAAUUUUAAAGGCCUAUUUUAUGUUACAUUGUUCAGGUUGUUUAUUGUUGUUUUUUUUUUUUCCUGCUCCACUGCCAAAGUCAAUCCAGGAUUAAAGCUAUAGGCGAUUUUCCAAUUGAGCCCUCAGGAAGUUUUUACUUUUAAUUGCUCCAGUCAUUCUCCCAUACUUCUACAAUACUCGCAAUGCAACAAACUGAUCAUUUAAAUUAAUUGUUUCUUUAUGAAGACAAUGAAUCUGUAUCAGUAGUUUUGUUAACGUAAAUGUGAAAUGCUAUUCUUAACUCAUUUUACUUCCAUAAUCUGAUGCAUUUCCAAAGUGAAACAGGAUAUUCAACAAGUAAAAAAUCGGUAGGACAGGUUUUGAAAGUGGUCCUUGAAAAGAGGGAUUCUCAGCCUUAAAGGAAUGUUGUUUCUGAAGUGUAAAAUUUAUUACAUUUCGAUAAAAGUUGUUCUAAAUUUGCGCUGAUUAAAGGUUUAAUUCACCCAAAAAUGAAAAUUCUGUUAUUAAUUACUCACCCUCAUGUCGUUCCACACCCAUAAGACCUUCGUUCAUCUUCUGAAUACAAAUUAAGAUAUUUUUGAUAAAAUCCGAUGGCUCAGUGAGGUCUGCAUUGCCAGCAAGACAAUUAACACUUUCAAUGCCCAGAAAGCUACUAAAGACAUAUUUAAAACAGUUCAUGUGACUACAGUGGUUCAACCUUAAUGUUAUGAAGCGACGAGAAUACUUUUUGCGCGGCAAAAAAACAAAAUAACGACUUUAUUCAACAAUAUCUAGUGAUGGGAGAUUUCAAAACACUGUUUCAUGAAGCUUCGAAGCUUUACAAAUCUUUUCUUUCAUAUCAGUGGUUCGGAGCACGUAUCAAACUGCCAAAGUCAUGUGAUUUCAGUAAACAAGGCUUUGUUACUUCAUAAGUGUUUCGAAAUUUCAAUGGUUCGCCACUGGAGCCACAUUGAGCCAAUGAUUCAAAACAAAAGAUUUGUAAAGCUAUUUAUCGGAUUUCAUGAAAAAUAUCUUAAUUUGUGUUCCGAAGAUGAACAAAGGUCUUACAGGUGUGGAACGACAUGAGGGUGAGUAAUAAAUGACAGAAUUUCCUUUAAUUGUUCACAAAAAUACCAGCAAUAGUACACUACCGAUCGAAAGUUUGAGACUGUUAUUUUCAAAGAAUCCUGAAUAAAGUAUAAGUUUUCACAAAAAAUUAAGCCACACAACUGUUUUCAACACUGAUAAUAGCAUAUUUUCUUUAAAAAACAGCAAUGAGGCUGAUAACUAGCAAACUUUUUAAUGAAUAUAAAACAAUGAAAAGAAUUCUUAAAAUAUUUACAAAGACAAGACACAUUCGAAUGACAAAUCCAACAAAACAAACAUCCCUUCAUUAAAAAAAAAAAAAAAAAAAAAAAA